GUCAAGGGUGGUAGGACGGAGGAAAAGUGGUAAGCACGUCAGCCUCACUGUUCUGCGAUAUGGGGUUCAAAUUUCACCUCUGGCCUUCCUGCAUGGAGUUUGCAUGUUCCCCCCUUGCUUGUGUGGGUUGUCUCCAGCAGGUGGAGGGAUCAGGGCAGGUAGGGGACAUGGACUCACACCAAGAAGGAUGCACUGAACUGGGAAACAUCUGGUGAAGUACCCCUUUCAAUGCAACUAUGGCCUCAGCGUCGUCUGGCCCGGGCACCGCCACUCUGGGCUCGCAGGUUCACGCUGCCGCUGUCAAUGGCGAUAGGAACGCACUGCUCAAACUCAUCACAGUAGAGCCAGUCCUACGGGACCGUGAGGACCAGUUUGGCCGUACCCCGCUCAUGUACUGCGUGCUGGCUGAUCGCCUGGACUGCGCAGAGAUUUUGCUAAAGGCCGGAGCUUCAGUCAACAAGACCGACCACAGCCAGCGCACGGCUCUGCACCUCGCCGCACAGAAGGGAAAUGUUCGUUUCCUCAAGCUGCUGCUGUCGCGACACGCCAACUGGCUGCAGAAAGAUUUGGAAGAGAUGACCCCGCUGCACCUCGCCACACGGCAUCCUUCUCCGAAAGCCCUCGCGUUGCUGCUCAAACACAUCGGACCCGGAGAAGUUGACACCCAGGACAAGAACAAGCAAACCGCCCUGCACUGGUCAGCGUUUUAUAACCGGCCGGAGCAUGUUCGCCUCCUCAUCAAGCACGACUCCAACAUCGGCAUCCCCGACAGCGAGGGCAAGAUUCCCCUGCACUGGGCCGCGCACAGCCAGGAGGCCAGCGCCACACAAACUGUCCGCUGUAUACUGGAAGCCGCUCCCACUGAGUCCCUGCUGAACUGGCAGGACUAUGAAGGUCGGACACCCUUGCACUUUGCCGUCGCAGACGGUAACGAGGCAGUGGUGGAGGUGCUGACGUCCUACGAGGGUUGCAACGUGACAGCCUAUGACAACCUCUUCAGGACACCGCUGCACUGGGCCGCCCUGCUCGGCCACGCCAGAAUCGUCCACCUGCUGCUGGAAAGGAACACGUCAGGCACCAUUCCCUCAGACAGCCAGGGAGCGACACCUCUGCAUUACGGAGCUCAAAGCAACAACGCAGAGACAGUAGGUGUGUUUCUUUCCCACCCAUCGGUGAAGGAUGAACCCGACCUGGAGGGCAGGACAGCCUUCAUGUGGGCCGCCGGGAAGGGCAGCGAUGAUGUGAUCCGCACCAUGUUGGCCCUCACGCCUCAAAUUGACAUCACGAUGGCCGACAAGUAUGGCGGCACCGCGCUGCAUGCGGCCUCCCUGUCAGGCCACGUGAGCACCGUCAAGCUGCUGUUGGAGAAAGGAGCCUUGGUAGACACUCUGGAUGUGAUGAAACACACACCGCUGUUUCGUGCCUGCGAGAUGGGACACAGGGACGUCAUCCUCACGCUGAUCGAAGGCUCCGCACGGGUGGACCUGGUGGACGUGGACGGUCACACUGCUCUGCACUGGGCAGCGCUGGGAGGAAAUGCUGAGGUCUGCCAGAUCCUGAUGGAGAACGGCAUCAGCCCCAAUGUACAGGACCAAGCAGGACGAACUCCUCUGCAGUGUGCUGCUUAUGGCGGCUACAUCACCUGCAUGGCUGUUCUCAUGGAGAAACAGGCUGAUCCAAACAUACAGGACAAGGAGGGGAGGACCGCUCUCCACUGGUCGUGCAACAAUGGUUACCUGGAUGCCGUGAAGCUGCUGCUGGGCUACAGCGCCUUUCCUAACCACAUGGAGCACACAGAGGAGAGGUACACACCGCUGGACUACGCGCUGCUGGGGGGCCACAGCGAGGUGACCCAGUUCAUGCUGGAGCACGGCGCUCUGUCCAUCGCUGCCAUCCAGGACAUCGCUGCCGCCUCCAUCCAGGCCAUCUACAAGGGCUACACGGUCCGCAAGGCCUUCAGGGAGAGGAAGCAGCUCCUCAUGAGGCACGAGCAACUACGCAAGGACGCUGCCAAGAAGCGGGAGGAGGAACUGCGGCGGAGAGAAGCCGUGCAGCAAAUCUCUGCGGCCACGGCGGAGGACCGAAAAUUGUCUUUGGAGACAGCCGAGCAGGAGAAGCUCUACUUGGUGAACCUGGUAGCAGAUUUAUCUGUGAAGGACUCAGUGGUGGAGACAAAGAAACCAACUAAACCUGAACGGAGGAGCAAAGAAGCGAGGCACAAAGGCCACAGGAGCAGAUCCUCAAGGAGCAAAGCUGCUGAGCCGACUGACAAUCUGACGAGCCCUGCAAGCAAUGUGAAGUGCGACAAGACUAUCGGUCUGAAGGACCCGCUCUCUCCUAGCAGCCAAGCAUCACCCAGACCUUCUUCCACACACAAAGUUAGUGAGCAAAGACCUUCCUCAUUUACAAGCACCCCUUCCACCUGCACCUCCGGCGCGGACCACACGGCCUCCGUACCUCUGAGAAAGACUGAUUCCCUGAAGCACAGACACUACAAUGCCAAAGAUCACGUUCUAGUCAGCGGCUCCUCUUUGAACUCGAGAAGCCCCUCGAGGAAGCAUGACGCCGCCGCCAACACGCCCACACGAGGACACGACAGAGAGCAGCGCAGGACCAGGCACGAGGCGGCCAGGGUCAUCCAGCGAGCGUGGCGAAGGCUCCUCGCACGCAGAAACAGGGUAGCCACGGCUCGCCAGGCGCCGGAGUUCAGCUAUUUAAACCACGCCCAUACCAGGAAGAGGCGAACAGAGGUGCGACCUCCUCCUGCGAAACCGGCAACCAGUAAGACGUCAGUCCUACAAAACAUUUAUGGAAACUCUGUGGCCAUUCGAGGACAUUCUUCAUUUCGAGCGUCUCAGCUGCUCUUGAACAGCGUGCCUUUACGCACCCAAAGCCAACGUAAGGCCAUUUGCACGCGCUCAACUCUCGUUUUGAAUACUUUUGGGUACGGACGGGUAAGUGCUGAUAGGUAUCGGUAUCAGGCCGAUACCGGCCUUAUUUCGAGGCAUCGGGUACUUGAAGGCUGCCGAUACUAGCCACCAAUACUUAAGGCAACAAAAAUCCGACAACGAGUAAGUCCUCCUCGCCAGUAGUUGUUGCUACGUUGCGGCGGUUUGACAAGUCAGUGAAUCAUCAUGUGCGUCAGAAAGAAGGACAGGUCUUUGGUCACAAUUUUCUGUAAUUGUGUUAAUUGAAAUUUUAUGACUCAAAAGUACUAGUGGUAUCAGUACUCUGUAUCGGUGAGUACUCGAGUGAAUACCGAGUACUGGUAUCGGAAAAAAAGUGGUAUUGAAAAUCUCUACUUUUGGGUAUAGUAAACAUGCACUAGUCAAAUUUCAGGAUGACCCUAAAAUGCACAAGAACCUUAACAGGUGAACUUCUGUAAAUGUUUGAACGCACAGCAACUGUUUCAGUGCUUUUUGCUGUUCUCUAACAAGGAGCUGAAUGACAAAAUUGACAACAUUUUAGGUUCAUCCUGAACGUUCACCCAAAAGCUGAAUAUCCCUAACUUUUUGUGAGUACUGUAUGUUUCUGUUUGACUUGUCCAGUGAGCAGUUUGGACUGCGUGCACCUGACUGAUGCCGUGAAUCAAGCCAGACAGUUCUCCUACCACCUGAGGCCGCAGAGCGCCAGGCAGGGUCGGGGCCAUCGAGGAAAGUGUUGACACCCAAGUCUUUUUUCAAAAAUGUUUUCUCAGCUUCCGUGGAAUUACCGUACACAUUGUUCGCUUCUAAAAGUGUUGACACCCAAGUCUUUUUUCAAAAAUGUUUUCUCAGCUUCCGUGGAAUUACCAUACACGUUGUUCGCUUCUAAAAUUAAGCCGUAUGACAUCAGAGCCAUGACUUCACAGGGCGGGGGUUAAGUUGACUGAAGCAGCGCAUGUAAAAGAUAACCUUUCUUCCAUUGUGAGACAAAACGCACACCUCCCCUCCCUCUGCUUGGCUCUCACUCACACACUGAGAUAACCUUUCUUCGUGUUGUGGAGAAUGAGCCAGUCUAUCAACAGCAGCUCAUGAACUUAGCCCACCUGCACACAAUGUAAAAAGAUGUCUGUCCAUUCCAAUACACACAUAAUGUAAAAAUCCAUCUGUUCGUCCAUACGAAGGGCAAUCAAAAAGUAAUGAGCCCAAUUUAAUUUAACCUACUAAAAUUGAUUUUUUUUUUUUUUUUAAAUCAGAAAUGUUCGUGAUUUGUAGUUUAAAUACUUGUUUGAAGGCAAGUUGUUUCAGCCUGUCAGUCAUUUUGGAAAUGGCGUCACUGCAAGAUGCCCGUCAGUAACAGAGAGCUGUAAUUUGGAAGGGGAACAUUUUCAAAAGGUUACGACGUGUAUAGGGAAGCUGCAAUAGGCUAAAGCACAAUCAAAAAGUGGGUGUCCAGGAUCAAAGGUGAAAAACACAAGCCUGCUUUGAGUGACCUCGGUGAGAGGCGAAGUCAUCAGUUUGGACAACCAUCUCAUCCUCACCCGAUCUGGCACCAUCAGACUAACACCUUGUUGCCCUUGUUUCAUCAAUGGACAGUCGAUAUGCCCACAACGUAAAAAUGUUCCUAUCCAUUCUCAUAAACACACUGUAAAUAUGGCAGUCCGUGUACAUACAAACAUAAUAUAGACAACUGGCUGUCCAUUCACAUAAACACACAUAACAUCUGUCCGUUUACGUGGACAUAAUGUACAAAGAGAAAUGCUGUUAUGCAUUUCCUUCACAUAGACACACUCACGUCGUGUAAAAAUCUGCCCGUCCAUUUUCAUAAUGUAAACAUUUGUUCAUUGAAACACACACACCCAUAAUGUAAAUAUCUCUUUGUCCAUUCUUACACACACAACCAAUAAGUGUGAGCUGUGCUGUUACAUAAAAUUGGCAUUUUCUCUCUCACACACACACUCCUCAUUGUGUAACAUUAUAAUUACACCUGUGUAAGCUUUUAUUUUUAUUGCAAAAUAAAUACAAGUCAAAAUGGA